GAGGACAAAUUCCUCUACCUACCUGCAAAACCAAAGCAGCAAUCCCUGUUAAAGAAAAUCCCAAAAUUUUUUCUCUCUCUCUCUCUCUCUCUCUAAAAAGCUCACAGUUUUCUCUUAACUUUUUCAAGCACUAAAAAAGAGAGCGACUUAUACAUAGCCCCUCCACUCACAGAGAGAGAGAGAGAGAGAGAGAGAGUCAGCCAUAACAGACCAGAUGGCACACUAGAGUGAGAGAAUGAGAGAAUGAAAGCAGGCCUUGUCGGCCAUUAGAGCUUCAACGGAGAGCUCUCACCCGUCCCUUUGAGCCCACCUGAAGACUCUUAAUGAGUCACGACACCAAUCGAGACUGUAGCAUAAAGUCUCGGCUUUGCAACUUUUUUUUUUUUUUUUUUAAUAGAAUAAUACCAAGGAAAUCUCUCUCGGAUUUAUUGCACUUUGAGUUCCCGGGUUGAAAAGCCGCAAAAAGGGCUGGAGAUUUUUCAGAUUCUCUUUACAACUUUUUGUUUUGUUUUUGUUUUUUUUUUAAAAAGAAAAAAUAUUUGGAACAGAAUCUUGGCCUGCUGAUCGAGGAUCCCCAGCAUUUGUGAGAAAAAGCGAACUGGGUUUGUUUGUUUUCUCCCUUUGAUUCAUGAAUUUCACAGUUUUCAUUUUGUCAUCGGAAGAUGGAGUGUGUUGGCAGUGGUGGACGUGCUGCUUUUAUCAUCUUUGUUUGAUGAGUGAUUAUGGGCUCUGAGAGGUGUUAUGUUAUCUACUUCUGUCAUAGUUUUGAUCAAGUGGAGGGCCAUAAAAUGUCAGGGAAUUUCAAUUCAAGGAGCAUUCUGGGAUUGAGGUUUGUUGUUUUCCUGUUUGUUACUUCUAUACUUGUUCCUACUUCAGAGGGGUUGAAUUCGGAGGGGCACUACCUGCUAGAGCUGAAAGAGAGUCUUCUUGAUCAACGUAACCAUUUGGGAAAUUGGAAUCGUACUGAUCUCACACCAUGUGGAUGGACUGGUGUGCAUUGCUCUGAUGGCAACGAUCCGGUUGUCUACUUGCUUGUUUUGAAUUCAAAGAACCUUUCUGGAGUCCUGAGCCCUAGCAUUGGUGGUUUGGUCCAUCUGAAAGAGCUUGAUCUUGGUCAUAAUGGGUUAACUGGAGAAAUACCUGGAGAGAUUGGAAACUGUUCCGUGUUGGAAUCUCUCUAUUUGAAUGACAAUAAGUUUGUUGGGCAAAUUCCUGCGGAGUUGGGGAAGCUGUCUUAUUUAAUACGCUUGAAUAUAUGCAACAAUAGAAUCUCUGGUCCUAUUCCAGAGGAGUUCGGAAACUUGUCCGCGUUAGUUGAUUUUGUGGCAUAUACCAACAAUCUAACAGGCUCGUUGCCUCGUUCCAUUGGGAAUCUUAAGAAUCUAACUACAUUUAGGGCUGGGCAAAAUGCUAUUUCUGGUAGCAUACCGGCCGAAAUAAGUAGAUGUGAGAGCUUAAAAUAUCUUGGUCUUGCCGAAAAUAGUUUACGAGGGGAAAUACCAAAGGAGAUUGGGAUGCUUGGGUGGUUGAGAGAUCUGAAAUUAGAGACUAACCAGCUUUCAGGGUUUAUCCCAAAGGAACUUGGGAACUGUACGAGCCUUCUGACUCUUGCUUUGUAUGAUAAUGUUCUCGUGGGAUAUAUACCUAAGGAGAUUGGGAACCUCAAAUCUUUAAGGAAUUUAUACCUCUAUAGGAAUAAGUUGAAUGGAUCAAUUCCGAGGGAGAUCGGGAAUCUUUCUUUCGGAUUAGAAAUUGAUUUCUCGGAGAACCUUUUGACAGGUGAUAUCCCCUCGGAGUUCAGCAAUAUAACAAACCUUAGCUUACUAUUCCUUUUCGAGAACCAGCUUACAGGUGUUAUACCGACUGAGCUCACUACCUUGAGGAACUUGACAAAGCUUGACCUAUCAAUUAAUUCUCUCACUGGUCCUAUUCCUUUUGGAUUUCAGAAUUCGAGCAACUUGAUCCAGCUACAGCUUUUCGAUAACCUUCUGAUUGGUGGCAUUCCUCAGGAGCUUGGUCUUUUUAACCGACUUUGGGUGGUAGAUUUCUCAGUUAACCAGCUAACAGGCAGAAUACCUCCUCAUCUUUGCCGACAUUCUAAACUGGUUUUGUUGAAUUUGGAAUCUAAUAAGCUGCAUGGAAAUAUCCCAGCUGAGGUCUUGAACUGCCAAUCAUUGGUCCAACUUCGGUUGGUUGGAAACAGGCUUAAUGGGACAUUUCCAUCAGAGUUGUGCAAAUUAGUGAACCUUACUGCUGUUGAAUUGGAUCAAAACAUGUUCAGUGGUCCAAUUCCUACAGAAAUUGGAAGCUGCCAGAAGCUGCAGAGACUUCAUAUUGCACACAAUCACUUUAUGUCAGAGUUGCCCAAGGAAAUAGGAAAUCUGUCUCAAUUGGUGACUUUAAAUGUUUCGUCAAACUUGCUCACGGGACAGAUUCCUCCUGAAAUUAUUAAAUGCAAGAUGCUUCAACGACUUGAUCUCAGCGAAAAUAGAUUUACAGAUGCAUUACCAAAUGAGCUCGGAACCCUUUUGCAUUUGGAGCUUCUCAGAUUAUCAGAAAAUAAUUUCUCCGGAAACAUACCUUCCGCAUUGGGAAAUCUCCACCAUUUGACAGAGUUGCAGAUGGGUGGCAACUCAUUUUCUGGUGAAAUACCUCUCGAGUUGGGUUCCCUUUCAAGCUUGCAGAUUGCAUUGAAUCUCAGUAAUAAUAAUCUCACUGGGACAAUACCAUCAGAGCUUGGCAAUCUUAAUUUACUGGUAUACCUCCUUCUCAAUAAUAACCAAUUGAGUGGUGGAAUUCCCAGCACAUUUGGAAACUUGAAGAGUUUGUUGGGGUGCAAUUUCUCAUACAAUAACCUUACUGGAUCUAUACCUCAAGAAUCACUGUUUCUGAACAUGAGCAUCAGCAGCUACAUCGGGAAUGAAGGGCUUUGUGGUGGCCCUCUGAGAGCUUGCGGUGGAGAUUCUGUUCCUUCCUUGGAAAGUGCUGAUGCUCCUGGGGGUAAAAUCAUUACAAUAAUUGCAGCUGCUGUAGGUGGUGUUUCUCUCAUUCUGAUUGUGAUUAUUUUAUAUUUCAUGAGACGUCCAGCAGAGACUGUUCCUUCCUUGCAAGAUAAGGAGAUUCAAUCUCCAGAUUCAGAUAUCUACUUUCCUCCAAAAGAGUGGUUCACUUUCCAAGAUCUGGUUGAGGCCACGAACAAUUUCCAUGACAGCUAUGUUGUUGGAAAGGGAGCUUGUGGAACAGUUUAUAAAGCAGUUAUGCAUUCUGGACCGACUAUUGCUGUUAAGAAGCUAGCAUCUAACAGGGAGGGGAACAACAUUGAGAAAAGCUUUCGGGCUGAGAUUUCAACUCUUGGGAAGAUUAGGCAUCGCAAUAUUGUGAAGCUAUAUGGUUUUUACCAUCAUCAGGGCUCCAAUCUGCUUCUCUAUGAGUAUUUGGCAAGGGGCAGCUUGGGUGAAAUGCUUCAUGGGGCUUCUUGUAGUUUGGAAUGGCCAAUUCGGUUCACAGUUGCUCUUGGAGCAGCUGAAGGUCUUGCUUAUUUACAUCAUGAUUGCAAACCAAGGAUUAUUCACCGUGAUAUAAAGUCCAAUAAUAUUCUACUUGAUGAUAGCUUUGAAGCCCAUGUUGGUGACUUUGGUUUGGCAAAAGUAAUUGACAUGCCUCAAUCUAAAUCAGUUUCAGCAGUCGCAGGAUCAUAUGGCUACAUUGCUCCUGAAUAUGCAUACACUAUGAAGGUUACAGAAAAAUGUGACAUCUACAGCUAUGGGGUUGUUCUAUUGGAGUUGCUGACUGGGAAAACUCCUGUACAACCACUAGAUCAAGGGGGUGAUCUUGUCACAUGGGUGAGAAACUAUAUUCGGCAUCAUUCCUUGACAUCUGGGAUACUUGACCCCAGAUUGAAUCAUGAAGAAAAAAGUACAGUUGAUCACAUGCUUACUGUCUUAAAAAUUGCUUUGAUGUGCACAAGUAUGUCCCCUUUGGACCGACCAUCAAUGCGACAAGUUGUUGUGAUGCUGAUGGAGUCUAAUGAGUGAGAAGGGAACUUUACUAUCUCAUAAUUAUGAGCUUCCCUGAAAGUUGAUGCCUCCUGCAAGUAUGUGACUGUUUCAAGUUUCUAUUAACUGAAAUGAUUUUUCAGUGCCGAUUUUUCCUCGUAUUUUUUGAAACAGCAAAAAAUGUACUCUAUUGUACAUUUUUUGGUAAAAAAAAUAUCAUUACUGGAUUUCUGCUUUCAGUUUAUGGGGGGUAUUGACGUUUCUCUCAAAUACUGUAUUUCCUUUUGCAAUUGAUACAGUAUGAUCACUCUGGUGUACAGCCGUUGUACUAUUCUAUGUGUAUCUUAAAGCUCCUCAGGUUAAUUAAUUGGUUCAAAGAUGAUUAUCUUUA